AUGUCUUGUUUGCACCUCCUCGAUCAAUUCAGUAAAACUUCCACCGCUUACACUUAUAUUCCACCGCUUACACUUACACCCACUUACGUCCGUUAUUCCCGACCGUCCUAUAAGUACGAGGACUUUAUUUUCCCUCCACCUCAGUCAUCACCACAUCCGUGUCUGACUGAGAUCCUCGUACGUUAA